CUACCAUGAGCGUUGUACGACGACUCUUCUCACGACGUACUCUAGCUUAUGUUGGCGCUACGACGCUCGGAGUUGCAGGUGGGGGAUACUACUACCUCAACUCGGGCCCACCCUACCCCGCCUCUGUGCUGGAGACGCGUCGACCACCCCCACCAUGGACACCACCGUCUCGGCAGGCCAUGCUGGAUGCUCUCGAGAACAGCGGAAAAACUCAUCCUGACUCGGAGCAGUUCGAUCUCUUAAUCGUCGGAGGUGGGGCUACUGGGGCUGGUGUUGCGGUUGACGCGGCAAGUCGGGGCCUUAGAGUUGCCUUGGUGGAAAGAAGUGAUUUCAGCUCUGGUACAUCUUCCAAAUCGACUAAGUUGGUCCACGGUGGUGUUCGCUACCUCCAAAAAGCUGUGAUGGAGCUCGACUACGAGCAAUACAAACUAGUGCGUGAAGCGCUCCACGAACGCAAGAUAUUCCUCCAGACCGCGCCCUACCUGUCGCACAUGCUUCCCAUCAUGUUACCCAUCUACAAGUAUUGGCAGGAAAACAUGGAGAGUUCCUAUUUGAUGUCCAAGGGGAAGGCUCUCGAGAUAUUCCCUAUGCUGAAAAGGGACGGUUUGGUCGGCGCCGUCGUAUAUUACGAUGGCCAGCACAACGAUGCACGCAUGAAUGUAGCAUUGAUCAUGACUGCCGUCAAACUUGGUGCAACGGUCGUUAAUUAUUGUGGCGUUACCGAUCUCCAUAAGAACGCAGAUGGCAAACUCAUAGGUGCCAAAGUUCGGGAUCAACUCACGGGCCGCGAGUUCGAUGUUCGUGCCAAGGGGAUCAUCAACGCAACCGGGCCGUAUGCAGACACCCUUCUCAAGCUCAACUCCCCCGAUCACAAAUCCAUCGUUCGUCCCUCUUCCGGUAUCCACAUCACUCUCCCCGCCUACUACGCACCAUCUCGAAUGGGUUUGUUGGAUCCUGCAACUUCUGAUGGUCGCGUCAUUUUCUUCCUGCCAUGGGAGGGCGGUGUUGUUGCUGGUACAACUGAUACUCCCACCAAGGUGAAUGCGGAAAAUGAAGAGGUUACUGCUAACGAAGACGAGGUGAACUGGGUGUUGGAUGAGGUGCGGAGGUAUCUAUCCCGCGAUAUCCGUGUGCGGCGUGGGGACGUUUUGAGCGCGUGGGCGGGCCUGCGACCGCUGAUAGCUGCUAGGAGUGAAGGUGGUACGGAGGGCCUGGUCAGGAAUCAUUUAGUGAGCGUCGAGGAGUCGGGUCUUGUGACGAUAGCCGGGGGGAAGUGGACGACGUACCGCGCGAUGGCGGAAGAGACAGUCAAUACAGCUGUGGAGGUAUUUGGAUUGCAGGAUAAGGUGAAUGGACCAUGCCGUACGGAGGAACUGAGGCUUGUCGGUAGCGACGGAUGGAGCCCGACCAUGUUCAUUGGACUUAUCCAGCGGUUUGGCUUGGACACAGAUGUCGCGACCCAAUUGUCGGAUAACUAUGGUGACCGGGCAUGGACUGUGUGUGCGCUUGCCCAGCCAACGGGUGAGCAAUGGCCGCUGCAUGGGGUUCGUCUUAGUCCCAACUAUUCCUAUCUGGAGGCAGAGAUACUGUAUGCAACACGACAUGAAUACGCAUGCACGGCAGUCGACGUCCUCGCCCGACGCACUCGUCUCGCAUUUGUCAAUGCCCAAGCUGCACUUUCUGCCCUCCCGCGCGUCAUCGAGAUCAUGAGCGAGGAGCUUGGAUGGGAUCGCGCGCGUCAACGGCAAGAGUUCGAACGUAGUGUCAAGUUCUUACAAAGCAUGGGCCUUCCGCCAACCAUCGCAAACAACAAUGGCAACGGCACCGCGAGUUGGGCUGGAUGGGUAAAGAAUGGGUUCUGGUGUAUUGUCGGAAUGCAUCCACCGGUUAUUCCGACUAUCCAGGCAGUCAAGGGUAUUCCGCAUUCGUAUAGCCGUGCCAAGUUCGAACCCGGCGAAAUUGAAUCCUUGAGGGAUGUUUUUGACCGAUAUGCAGUGCCAUCUGCUGAGGAUGCUGGACCGCAGCAGGAGGGAUCCUUAGCAGGCGACGACAAACGGUUGAAAAAGGACCGGAUUAAGGAUGUACUGAGGGAAUAUGCGAAGGAAUGGUCGGGGUCGGGAUAUGAUAGAUUCAGAGAUGCGGACUAUAGGUAUGUCCUUGCAGAAACGGGACUUCAGGACCGCGAAGACGUUGACUUUGAUGAGUUCGUCGAGGUUUGCGAAAAUCUAAAGGACGUUUCCCUCGUCCCUGUGGCUGCUAGAAAGGUCAAGGUCGAGCGCAGAGGAAUCCCAGUAGAGAAGAGUGGCGGUGGUGUUUAG